AUGUACGCCACGCACAGCCACGGGCGCGUCGCCGCGAGAGGGGAGGUCCAUGCCCAUGGCGGCGUCGCCAGGAAGCGCGCAUCGCUUUCUCCGCUGCAGGUGCUGUGCUGCUCCAUCGGCGCCAUUGUCCUCAUCGCGAACGCUCGCCGCGCCCUGUUCCCAAAGGAGUCGUAUCUUGGUUCCUUUUGGAGUACUACCACGAGCAAACCGCGAGGUGUGAAGUAUGAGCUGCGGACGCUCCCUGUGGAUGCAAAAGCUGUGGCUGAUGAUGACACGAUCACCGUGUAUGUUGACAUGGUUAAUCCUCACGAGUCCAGAAAUGUGCCCCAUGAAGUUCGGGAAGCAGCGGUGGAGCGGAUCAAGGCACGGGCGGCCAAGAACUACCAGAAGGCUGACGCGCUUCAGAAGAUCAUAGUGGAUGCUGGAUAUAGGCAAGUCCCUAACUUGAGUGGGGAGCAGGUUCUUGCAAAGAAGUACCGGAUCAGGCUAAGAGGGAUCGAUGCACCAGAGAACGCGAUGCCUUAUGGUAAAGAGGCAAAAGUGGAGUUAGUGAAGCUGGUGCAGGGAAGAACCUUAAAGAUUUCCAUAUAUGAUACUGACUGGUACGGUCGACUGGUUGGAGAUGUUGAAUGCAAUGGGGUCUUCGUGCAGGAACACAUGCUGAACAAAGGGCUCGCAUGGCACUAUACUGCUUAUGAUCGGCGGAUGGAGCUCGCCAAGUGGGAGAGCCAGGCGCAAGCGAGCGGGCUGGGUCUGUGGGCGCUGCCGAACCCUGAGAAGCCAUGGGAAUGGAGGAAGGAGAAGCGCACAAGGAAAUGGUGAGUCAGUCAGCCGUGACCUGUGACCAUGAAGAGUUGAAGACAGAGCUUGUUUCAUUCGCUCUCCUGUGAUUCCUAGACCAGAGCAAUAGCUUCAGACACUGUAGAAUUUGUGCUCCGUCGACACAUUCAUGUUGUAACAGCAGCUGCAGAGAGAGAGCAGAGAUCUGGGGAUCUAGACAUUUUUUCGCAUUAGAUUGUUGUAAACAUGAUGAUAACUGGGUCUGAUUGACAUAGAAUCAUGAACUUUAAUUUUUGA